GUCAUGUGAUCAGCUGUGUCCAAUCAAAGCUGAUCACAUGGGACAUGUACACUGAUCAUCAGGGCACUGAUGAUCAGUGUGCCCUGAUGAUCAGUGUGGCCCCAGAAGUGCCACCUGUCAGUGUCCAUCAAUGCCAGCUGUCAGUGCUGAACAGUGCCACAUCAAUGCCACAUAUCAAUGCCUACCAGUGCACAUCAAUGCCACAUAUCAGUGUCCAUCUGAGCUGCCUUUCAGUGUCACCCAUCAGUGCCAGUCAGUGCCACCUAUCAAUGCCAAUCAGUGCCACCUAUCAGUGCUGCCAAUCAGUGCCGCCUAUCAGUGCCAGU